AUGAGUGGGAGGCUGCUUUCGUCGCGUUAUGCGACGCUUGCUCGACAUAGCUCCCCCCUGGCCCUGAGGUCGCCAUACCAUACCGCCCAACAACGCGCAGGAGGUUUAAUCACACGCAACAGCAUCCCACGGAGUCGUCCCAUAUCAUCUGGAAGCAACAUCGCCGUAGUACGACAUGCCUCGUUCGCCCGCGCUAUACCGAAACUCGCAUUUAAGCUUGUCCGACUGCCUGCACUUCUGGGUGCCACCGCUGUAGGCAGUCUUGCAUACAUUCAAUAUCAAGCAGCUCAGGCGGGCAACUACGCGAUAGAUCUCUUCAGCAGAGCCUCAGACGCGACCACAACCGGAGCUCGUUCCAUCUUUGAAGGCGCAGGCGGCAUUUUCGCUCAAACAAAGGCUGGUUGGGAGAAAACCAAGAAGGACUUGCAAGAGCUGUUCCCACAACAAGAGUCGUCUGGCCCCGGAGGUGAUCCUGGUCCUGGAGGAAACGGUCCGAGUCCCAAGGAGGCUCGUGUAGGAGCUGCUGCUGCGGGCACAGCGACAGCCGCUGCUUUUGCCUUGAACGACGAUGACGAGGAUGACAGAUCCGAGGAAGCCGCUGCUCGCGACGACCAGAUGAUGCUUCUUACACGCAAAAUGAUCGAGAUCAGAAGUUUGCUUCAGACUGUUGGCCAGUCCGAGACGCUCACACUACCUUCAAUCGUCGUGGUCGGCUCGCAAUCAUCGGGAAAGAGCUCAGUUCUGGAAGCCAUUGUCGGCCAUGAGUUCCUGCCCAAGGGCUCCAACAUGGUCACUCGUCGCCCAAUCGAGCUCACACUGGUCAACACCCCUGGAGCACACGCCGAGUACGGCGAGUUUCCUGCUCUUGGCUUGGGCAAGGUAACCGACUUUGCUCAGAUCCAGAGAACUCUGACCGACCUCAACCUGGCCGUGCCUGAGACUGAAUGUGUAUCCGAUGACCCGAUCCAGUUGCGCAUCUACUCGCCCAACGUCCCCGACUUGUCUCUGAUUGACUUGCCCGGCUACAUUCAGGUCACUGGUUUUGACCAGCCUACUCAACUUAAGGAGAAGAUUGCUGCCCUUUGCGACAAGUACAUCCAGGCCCCGAAUGUCAUUCUUGCUAUCUCUGCUGCCGAUGUCGAUCUGGCCAACUCCACCGCUCUUCGUGCCAGUCGUCGUGUCGACCCUCGUGGCGAACGCACUAUCGGUGUCAUCACCAAGAUGGAUCUGGUAGACGCUCAGAGGGGCCAUCAAAUGCUGACUGAUAAGAACUACCCUCUGAGACUCGGCUAUGUCGGUGUUGUAUGUCGCGUGCCUCAGUCCUCCAACUCCCUCUUCUCUCGCGGCAAUGCGAAUAUCACAUCUGCCAUUACCCGCAACGAGAAAGCUUAUUUCUCAAACCAUCCCGAAAGCUUUGGGCCCGCCAGCGAAGUCACUGUGGGAACCACCAACCUCCGCAAGAAGCUUAUGCAUGUCCUGGAAUCAACAAUGUCGGCAUCGCUUGCUACUACUGCUGAAGCCAUCCAUCACGAGUUGACUGAAGCCACCUAUGAGUUCAAAGUGCAAUACAACGAGCGCCCGCUAUCAGCCGAGUCAUAUUUGGCCGAGAGUCUCGACGCAUUCAAGCACUCUUUCAAGGGCUUCUCUGAUUCCUUUGGUCGCCACCAACUGCGCGAUAUCUUAAAGCACGAGCUUGAUCAGCAAGUUCUUAACCUGCUCGCCUCGCGCUAUUGGAACAGACCUCUCGAGGAUCUCUCGGCGCAAGAAGGUGAAGGCUUUGUCGAGAUUCUCUCUGCUCUACCCAAGGCGGAUCCUAAAGAUCAGCUCUGGCGCCUCAAACUGGAUGCCAGUUCUGCUUCUCUUACCAAACUUGGCAUUGGACGUCUUGCCACGACUGUUGCUGCUGAGUGCCUGCAAGCACAUGUUGAGCGACUCAUCUCAUCUUCCACCUUCAACGCUCAUCCCUUCGCGCAGACAGCAAUUACACAAGCUGCUCAGGGUAUCCUACACGAUCUAGCUUACGAUACCAGCGAUGAGCUUGAGAUUUGUGUUAAGCCCUACAAACAUCGCAUCGAUCUCGAAGACUCGGAAUGGAUGCGUGGCCGCGAGAACGUCCAGAGAGUCCUCAAAGACGAACUCCGGGAUUGUGAAGAUGCGGUCAAGAUUGUCGAAGCAGAAAUGGGUGGCAAAAAGCGCUUCAAGGAUGUUGUAACCUUCAUUGACAAGGUCAGAAAGGGGGACAUCAACCUCGAAGGCAACAGCAGUGGAGGCGCUGGAGGCUUCUCAGCCGCUCUGCUUUCGAAAGGUAGAGAGGCAGUUUUCCUCCGCGACCGUGCUGACAUUCUGCGCAUGCGCCUGCUCGCGGUCAAAAGUAAGGCUUGCGCCAACAAGAACAACAAAUACAUCUGCCCUGAGAUUUUCCUCGACGCAGUGGCAGAUAAGCUCACCACUACUGCUGAUCUCUUCAUCGAUGCUGAACUGCUGAGCAAGUUCUACUACCAGUUCCCUCGCGCACUCGACUCGAAGUUCCGCUCAUUAACCCAACAACAACUCGAUCAGUUUGCUCGUGAAGACCCCAAAAUCCGUCGCCAUCUGGAUGUUGUACACAGAAAAGAACUCCUCGAACACGUACUCAAGGAGAUGGAAGCUCUCAAGGCACUGGAAGCCAGGGAGAAGAGAGCAGGCAGAGGUAGCAGAGAACCCAUCUCUCGACUGGAUCGCGAGCGUGCAGGCGACGAUACGGGUGACAGAAGGAAACGAGGCUGGGGCCUGUUCUAG